CUCAUGUUUUACUUUAAAUGAAUGUACAAAAUGAUUACAAAUUGUGAAAGAAAUAAUACAAUUGACACAAUUUCAUGUCGGGCGUGCCUAGAAUCUAACAACGAAGGAUUUGUCUCUCUUAAAAACAAAAGUGAACUGUCUCAACUUUUUGAGUUUUGUGUAGGAAUAUCAGUGGAACCUGAUGACAUGUACCAAAUAUUGUGUCAGACGUGUGCUACAAUUGUCAAGAAGUUUGCCGAUUUCAAAGUACAAUGUCACAGAUCCCAUGAAAUAUUAAAAUCUAUAGCAAACAAUAGAAAUAAUAUAUCUACAAUUGAAGAAGUGAAUGUAGAAAGUAAUUGUGACUUAGAUAUAUUAAAUUUAAUUCAAAAUGAAUAUUCAAGUGAUAAUAAAGAAAGCAAUCAUGAUUUCAAUAUAAAAGAUAUGGAGUCACAAAACAAUGAUAAAGAUAUAAUAGAAAAGGCUAUCCGAAAAUCUUGUAGACAAAAAAACAUGACCAAUACACAGAUAAUGUAUGAAGAAAAAAACAAUACUGAGCAAGGUGCGGAGUUAAUAAAAGUUUUAGAAUGCAGCAAAUGUAAGAAACAAUAUCAGAAAACAAAAUGUCUUAUGAAACAUAUGAAACAAACAUGUUUCAAGCAUAAAGACAUUACAAAAGCAGUUAUUACUGAAAAAUAUAGGCCUCGUCCAGUUAUUGAAAAGAAAGAAAAAACACAGAAAGAUUCUAAUAAAUUAUUUUGUGGUAUAUGUCGUUUUUCAUCAUCACGUCGUGAAGAUCUGGUGGUACAUUUAAGCGAACAUUGGAACAAAAAUGAUUUGUGUUGCAAACUAUGCAGCUAUGUGGGACGGGACCUUGCAGAAUUGUUUGGACAUAGAUCAGUUCAUCAGCCGUACGUAUUUUUCUCAAAAUCAGCAAAUAGAAUCUGCCAUAUUUGCGAUAAAACAACUUCAACUAUCAAGACACAGCAGUUCCACUAUAGAUCGGUGCAUUUAAAAAAAGAUGGCGGACUAUGUUCCGUUUGUCAAAAAACUUUCCGAUCGUACACAGCAUGGAGAAAUCAUGAAAGACUUCAUAAAGAAGGCAAAUAUAUUUGCGAUCUUUGUGGAAAUAAGUUUCUAUUUAGGAGUAUAAUUAAGGCGCACAUGGCAGAACAUGCAAAUGUAAGAGAGAACAUUUGUCACAUAUGUGGAAAAGCAUUUAAAAGAGCAUCGUAUUUAAAGGUACACUUUAAUACAGUGCAUAUAAAAGAACCAGUGAAAUGUACUCACUGCAAUAAAACGUUCAAGUCGCCGGCGUCCUUGAAGGACCAUCUAAAGUACGUAAACAAAGAGAAAAAGUUCCAAUGUGAUAUUUGCUUUAAAUAUUUCGCAUCUGAACUUUCACUAAAAAAGCAUAAGUUCUGGCAUACAGAGAUGCGACCAUUUAGUUGCAAAGAUUGCGGUAUUAAAUACAAGGCGAAGUCCUACUUAAAGAUACAUAUGAGAAAACAUACAGGUCAAAGACCUUAUACGUGUGAUCAGUGCGAUAAAUGCUUUCCAACAUCAAUGCAAUUGAAACGACAUAAAAUCGUACAUACAGGUGAACGACCGCAUAAAUGCAAGAACUGCAACCAAUCUUUCUAUUAUAAGAAGCAAUUAUUACGUCAUGUAAGUUUAAAACACAAAGAAGCGAAACUAGAAAUCAAUUAAAUCUAGCAAAUUAGUACUAAAGCACUGUAAAGCAGUCAAAAAGUCUCCCUCUCACUGGAGAUGUAUCGAGUAGUCACAAUGAAACACUGGUUAUAUCUUGGUGAGAGUCAACUUUAAUGAAAUGCGAUCGGCAAGUCGAUAAAUAUACUAAAUAAAUUGAUACCGCGAUCUAACAAUGUGUUCCGCCAUCUAUUGACAUAAUAUAAUAAACUAAAUUGUCAUAACAUUUGACAAGCACAGUCUUCUGACAGAAAUACUUCGUAUAAGAAUAUAUCGUCAUCUCUUUCAUUCUCCUUGAGAAAAAUAGAGAUAACAAACUUUUAUAUACAUUUCGAUAGAGCUAUCUCGCGUUUAAUUACGCAUAAUUUGCACAAUCUAACUACAGGAUGUAUAAACAUAAUAUCUAAUGCAAAAAGGAAA